CACAAACAAUUUAUAACCUUCUUUAUUGAGUGAGGUAGCGUAAGAAACUGUUAUUCAGUUGUUAUGUUUCUAAGAAAAUAUCGAAUUUGAUUAAAAAAGAAAAAUGUAAAGUCGGGCCAAGGGUGAAAAGUGAAAUUGAACAAUCGGGAGUCCCUUUCUAAUGCCUAUUUCACACGUCUCGGACUGAAAGCGGCCCGCAAAACGAAAAAUAACAAGGCAAACCGAAUGGGAAAUCCUCGACACCGCUUAUGACUCAGAUCGUAUCUGGCGAUAAAAGUGUUUUCAACGUACACGGGUUUCCUCCCCGAUCCGAUAUAUCCGAUUCUAAAUGUUACAUUUGGGAUUGCAAUAAUAAUUAACAUUAUCUAUUGCUAAGACACAUUUAGAUAUUUUCUCUAGUAGAAUGGAAGAGAGGCGUAUAUUGCUGCAUGACAUCGAUCUUGUAUAAUAAUCCCAAUUGCUUCAUCAUUACUAUGAUGAGGGGUCUCAUGCAUGUGUACGACGUACUCAGCUUAAGCUCUAUAUAUCAUUUUACGAACAAAAUAUCCAUCGAAUGACAAGAAAUCGGACUCUAAAUUCACUAGGAUCUUUAUGCUAAGUUUGGGAUUGCGAUGAUCCUUAGUACUGUAAAGUGCUAUUCUCCAGUUUAAAUGAAUUCGGUAUAUUCUCAAGAAAAAUGCAAGUGGAACAUAUAUUGCUGUAUGAUGUUGAUCUCGCGUAAAAUAUCCCAUCUCUUUCAUCUUUAUGCUAAAAACUUGAUGACUCGUCAACUUUACCAUGCAAAGCCUCCAACUGGCAAAUGAUGAGCGUAAUAAUGUCCAUUUCAAUCUUGCUGAGGUGACAGCCAAACAGGGGGAGGGCAAAGACGGUGAAAUAGUAUGUAAUAGCUCAUCAAAAGCUGACAAAAUUGUUUCUGUAUUUGAAUUGCUAAAGGACUUAUUUAAAGAAAUCCGUGGAGCUGCACGAGUUCCAGAUAUAUAUCGUUACCCACUUCACGUGCGACCAAGAAUAGAACUAUUGGACAAUUUUGUAGAAAGAUUCAAACUAAACAUGGUAGUGAUUAGUCUCUACCCGUUACCACAGGGAUACAGUGUCUCCUUGUGCACUUCAAAUGGAACAGUUGUCCAGGAAUCUAGGCAGGAAUAUAUUCAAGAUGGAUUUUUUGAAUAUAUUAAUAAAGAAGAGCUGCCACCUACAGUGGCGGAUGAUUGGGAGCAAAUGUUUCCAGAUCUUUUUUACAAUGGCUGUGUUAUUGUUGAGAUUAAAGAUUAUAGGAUGACAAAUAAUAAACCUUAUGUGUAUCACUUAUUAUUGAAACCACAUACAGAGAGUGUGGUUAAUGAUGUUAUGUGUCUUAUAUUGGAUGAUGGUGUAAAUUGGACUAAAGAAGAGAGAAUAGCAGCCGAACGAGCUCUUGUUAAUUCAUUACAACCUCCUAUAUGUCUAGAUCCUAAUCCAAAAGUUGGAUUUAGAAGGAUCAGAGCAUUUAAUGAACAAAAUGUAUUUAACACAGAAGAUCUAAAUGCAGUGGUCGAACGUGCAACUGAGGUGAAAGUUGCAAGAAAAAGAAAAUGUGAAUUUUUUGAUAAAUCUCAUAGUCUUUUUGAUUAUAUUUGUAAGAAAAGAAUGAAAGUGCAAAAUAAUGAUGUGUUUCGCCAUAGUAGGACAUGUCCAGUUCCAAGCACUAGCACUGCGAUUCAGAAAGAUUCUGAUCCAGGAGAGUUGAAAACUCAAAUUGUAAAUGAUUUGGAACGUCUUAUUAAACCUCAGAUAAAGCCGACUGAGAAACCAGUCGAGGCCGAAUCUUUAAGGGUUACUGAAUUUAGUAAUAACUCUACUCAACUUGUAGGACCGUGUUUAAUGGAGGCAAUACUUAAUGGGGACUUCAGUGAUAACAUAUCUUGUCAACAAGUAAAUAAUAAGAGUAUUCCUGUAACGCGUGAGCAUAAACAACAUUAUGAGGCAAAUAAUAUAGGAUUGUAUAAACAGUCUCAAAUUUCACAGGUGAAUAAAGUAACUACUGUGAAUCCUGAAAUCACAGCUUUAGCGAACCAUUUUAGAAACUCUGGUCAACAAUAUCAGCAACAAGUAGCAGCAGCCGCAGCCGCAGCCGCCGCCGCCGCCGCAGCAGCAGCAGCAGCAACUGCUACAUCCAAUGGAACUGUGAAUGUUGAAGUCAACUCGACAGAGUUAACACCAACAAUUAACAAUACAAAUAGUACAAUAUUAACGUUGUUGAAUAAAUCAAGUUUUGCACAAAACCAAACGAUAAAUCAUAUUAAUCAGCAUCACCAGAAAAUUGUAGCUAGGAAAAUGACACUUAAAAAUGUGUGGAGCCUAGAUUGAGACCUGUUUUUACCAAAUUAUUUGCAAACUUGCUCCAUUAGUUUAUGGAUACAGGUUUAGUUACACCAUCCGUUGUACAGAGACUACAGUGACAAGAAAUAGCGCAGUACAGUAUUGAAUUGUACAACAAACUAAGCCUACAAAUGUUCACUCCACAUUUUCAGGCAAAUACCGCCAAUAAUAAUUUAACAAAAAAACUUAAAAAACUAUUAAAAAAAAAGAAUAGCCACAAAAGCCGAGGCAGUUCACAAAUGUACAUCCUAAUAUCACAAAUAUUGCUGCAUCACCAUCAUUUAUAAAAUGUGCCAACUCUUCAGACAUUUACAUUUGUAAAGAUUAAGGAUACUCAUUGAAAUCCUUAGAUAUUUAUUAAAUAGGGCCAAUGUAAAUGGGCAACUUUGCAAUAUGCUCUAGUUGCAGGUAUGUAUAGGCUUAAUAAUUUAACCAUCCAUAUCGUAAUUGAUUAAUUAAACAUAUUCAACUUUUAUUCAAAUAAAAACUUAUUUUGCAAACAAACAAAAAAUUACGCGACACAUAGUGUUUGUGCCACAUUUCAGUUCAAAAGAUUGAUCUUUUUUUAUUUGUAUGAAUCUCGUAGGUAAAUAAAAUCGUACAUAAAGUCAUAAUACAUAGUCGCAAGCUUAAUAUUUUUAGUUUGUUGAUACUUUUAAUAUAAUACAAUAUAUAAUGUCAUUAAUUUUAAUAUAGCCAAAUCUCUUUAUUUUGAAAUAGAUCAUUGAGAAUUUUAAUCAUAUCACAUUAAAUUAGUUUUUUUUUUUUCAAUUUUCAAACUGAAUGAAUUGGGUUUCCUUUGUGUCAAUGACAGUAUAAACUAGUUCAGUUGCACCGAAAAUUGCAUUCUUUUAAAAUUAUUGAAAAAUAGAAAUGAGGCUAUAUAUUUUUAAAAUUAAAAAUGAUUGUCUUGUUUUUUUAUUUAAUUUUAAUAUUAGAUAAUUUUUUUUAGACUGCUUCUUAUUAAAAAACGUUAGCACAUUUCUUUGGAAAUGAAGUAUUUCAUAAUUCGUUGGCUUCAAUUUAUGCUUGAAAAAUUUUUAUUUCUUAUUAAAUGGAUAAGUAACACCAUGUUUUAACAAGGUGCAAAAUAAAAAGUUACGUUUGUAAUUAUUGGAAAUUUAAUGUUAAUACACGAGUAAUUUUUUUUUUUUCACAGAGAACUGAAUUGUUUGUUUUUAAUUUCGUAUAACAAUAUCAGUUUUAUUUUGUGAAACCUUUAUUAUCUAAAGUAAUGCAUAAUAUAUAACAGAUUUCCAAUCCCUGUCUACUUAAAUGCAAGAUAACUUUUAUUUUUCAGUUCUGAAAUCAAUUAUUCAGUUUGCCUGUAACAACAUUUUUCGCAAUACAAAUGUAGAAGUAAAAAAAAGUAAAAUAAAUGUUAACCAUUUGCUUCAUAGAGGCCUCAGGCCAUCUUAGCAUCAUUGUGGUAGGCGAAGCAUUUAAUGUUUAUUAUAUGAAAAAUGUUAAUGUUAGCCGAUUUUUGAAUUAAAUGUUUUGGUUUUGGAUGGCUAGAUACUAAGGUUAUAUAUUCACCUGACAAGAGUCAACCGAAUUAGAUGACGGUUUAAAAUAACGGAGAGUUCUGUUAUACUCUUAAAAUGUUCAUUUUGUUUGAAAUUUCCUUGUUUGACACAUUUAUCAGUUUGUCCCAGUCAAUUUUAAAUAUUGACUCUUAGACAUUUAAAAAAAGUCAUUGAACAUCCUUUUGUCUUUACUCCUUAAGACUGAGAACUGAUUAAGUGCUUGGUUGUACUUCCAGAUUGCCAAUUAUAUUUUAUCAAAAGUAACUGUAAUUUUGUACUGCCAAAUACGAUAAUUUUUAAAAAUUAAAUUAUAAACUUGACUCUUUAAGAUACCCAUAUUUUGGUAUGAUAAAAGAGGACAAGCAACAAAAUACAAAGAAUAAAACACAUCCAUUAACACCUGAUUAAAAAACGAAGGUCUUGAAGUAUCGAAUUUCAUCGGAUUUCCACUUGGCAGUAGGAAUUUCGAUUGCAGCUAUAUCUGAAUACAUUCUCAGUUAUUCUUAUUUCAGUGUAUUAUUUUUUUAUUUUUACAGCUAACGAAGGUGAUGCUUAGGUGAGAAUGUAUUGCAAUAUUAAGGCGGUACAAAAGUGAUAAACAGAACCUUUACCAAAUUCACCUUCCUGCCUUUUCCAGCUAUUGUAAAUACAAAUUCAUAUUAUUGUCGAGUAAUUUUGUAAACUUGUUUAAAAAUGCUAAUGUGGUUUGGAUUUUAUUAAGAUGAUAUACCAUAUUAAAUUAAACAAAUGGCAAUGUUAAGGGAAUAAAAUUGAAGAAUGGCGAGUUACUGAAUACACUGGAUAGAUUUCAAACUUUUUUUAAUAUAAAAAAAAGUGAAGUUAUUUUAUUGUUAUUAGGUUUUUUUAAUUGUAAUUGUGCAUUAUUGAAGAAAAUUUGUUACUAAGUAACCCCAUAUUGGAGGUGAUAAAACUUUUUAAAGGGUAACUGAUUCGAGUACAAAAUACUUGUCUCAAUGUUGAUAUAGGUUAAGGAUUGGGAUAAAUCAUACUUAAAAAUCCUUUUAUUAGAUAGAUUGCACAUUUUCCUUUUUUUUUUUAAGCGCAUGUUUUAAUUUAAAAUAAUCAUUGACAUAAUUAAGAGCUCAUCUUGUGAUAACUCAUUUAAUUAUUUUUUUUAAUAAUUAAUUAAUAAAUAUUUCUAUUAACUAUGUUCAGCAAAUUGAAUUAAUGACAAAUUGGCUUAAGGUAUGUUAGUAUUUUUACUAUUGGUUAACAAUUCUAUAUUUUAUUCAAUUGUGCAUACAUUAUUUUGAAACAAAUUGAUUAUUACACAUUUCCGUCAUCUGAAUAAUGUAUAUCCUUUUAUUUGUGUAUUUAUUAUUUAUUUAUAAUGUUUAGAAAUUAGUUAAAUAUAAACGAACGAAACAGAAGAAAAAAAAAAACCAUAUUUGAUUUGGUUACUUUUUAAGUUACUAAGGACGGAUAGUGGAUAGAGUACAAACAUCUCACACGACUUUAAAUGUUUACAUUUAAAAACAAUAUUACAAAUGUUAAAAAUUAAUAGUAAAAAAUUAUAGAUUUGGUACAAAUUACUGUUUUUUAUAGCAAUAGCAAUGGUGCCUUAAGUUAUGUGUAUAAAUUUGUACAGAAUAUGGGCAAGGAUACAAAUUUCAAUUUAAAAUUAUAUGUUAUUUCAUGUUUUCAUUAACUUUUGAAACUCUUCAUCAGAAUUAUUGUAAAAAAAAAAAAAUAAAUAAACAA